GAAUGGGAUGACGGGAUGGGGACACGAUGGGCCGGGCCGGGGUGGGGAUGGGCGGGGGGUGCGUGGCGUGGCGGCGCCGCGGGCGGGCCAGCAGGGGGCGCUGUGGCGCGGCAGAGGCGGCGGUGCGGGCGGCCAUGGCCCGCUGGGGCCCCGCGCAGCAGGAGCCCGAGUGGGCGCCCGAGGCCUGGCAGCCGCCGCCGCCCCCCGCGCCCGGCCCCGAGGCGGCCAAGCCGGCCGCGGCCGAGAUCUCGCUGUGGACGGUGGUGGCGGCCGUGCAGGCGGUGGAGCGGAAGGUGGAGUCGCAGGCGCUGCGGCUGCUCAGCCUGGAGGGGCGGGCGGAGACGGCGGAGCAGAAGGUGUCGGGGCUGGAGGCGGCCGUGCGGGACUUCGGCGGGCGGCUGGAGCGCAAGUGGGCGGCGCUGGCCGCGCUGCUGCGGGACAACGCGCGGCGCCUGGAGCACGUCGAGCGGCAGCUGCAGCACCGCAGCGGCUGGGCGGCCCGCCCCGGCCCCGGCCCCGGCCCCGGCCCCGGCGGCCACCAGCCCAAGGUGCCAGCAGCAUGUGAGGAUGAUGCAGCCACUUUGCCGGAGCAGGAGUGGGGGAGCUUGGACAGCCAGCAGAAGGAGCUCUACAGGGUUGCGAUGAAGGGGAAUUACGAGGCUGCGGUCUCUCUGGGACCCGGGGAUGCCAGCUCCAAACCUGCACUGCUGCAGCCAGCCGAGGACGGGGAGGAUUCAGCAGGUGAGAAGGUCGUGAUCAAGACAGAAGAGCAGCAGCCCCUGGAGGAAGGAUCUGAAAUCCUGGCUCUGCCGCCGGCACCCUCAGUGAGACUGGAAGAGGAGGUUCCCCUGGGCCAGGUGCAGCCGAUGCCCUGGGAGAGCCACGCUGGCUUGGACGGGCAGAAGGCAGGAGAGGGCUUAGGCGAGUUCUGCAAGGAUGGGACCGCCCAGCCGGAAUUUAAGCCUGUGGUGGUGCCAGUGGAAGCUCACCCGGCCCCAGGUUUGCCCUUCCCAACAGAGCAUGUGCUCGGUGUGGGGACUGACCAGCUGUUUGCGCUGCCCCAAGGAAUGCCUCUGGGGGAAGACACCACCGCAGAGGUGGCCUCGGAGCAGCCCAGCUCAGAGCAGCAUCGUCCCUGUGACGCAGGGGAAGAACCUCGUGCCCUCCCGCUGGGCUGGAAGAGCGUCCGGCUGAAGCGCAACCUCCUGGUGCGGCAGCAGAGCCAGGCGAGGAAGAGCAAUGGCUCCUUCAUCUGCACAGCCUGUGGGAAGAGCCUGGCUCACCACGCUGCGCUGCUGCGGCACCAGCGCCUGCACACGGGCGAGCGUCCUUUCCAGUGCCCUGCCUGCGGGAAGAGCUUCAACGAGAAGUCCAACCUCAACAAGCACUACCGUAUCCACACCGGGGAGCGUCCCUACCGCUGCCCGGCCUGCGGCAAGGGCUUCAUCCAGAAGCACCACCUCCAGAAGCACCAGCGCAUCCAUGGGGUGCAGCUGCGGGGUGGGUGGGCCGGCCGGCCUACGCGGGCCAGCGCCGCCGGGGAGCGGCUUUACCGCUGCAUCGAGUGCGCAGAGAGCUUUCCCCAGAAAGCGUCACUGGAGGAGCACCAGCGCCGGCACACCCAGCAGCGGCCCUUCCAAUGCAACAGCUGCACCAAGAGCUUCCGGCACCGGCAGUCUCUGAACCACCACCAGAAGGUCCACGCUGUGGCCAGCUCUCCUGCCAUCAGCUUGCCGAGCCAUGGCCGGGAGCUGGAGACCAGCCCCUGCAAGGCUGUGACCCAGGAUAACCGGUAGCGUGCAGGCCCGAGAAGGGGAGGGGCAGCAUUUCUCCAGGCUGUUCCGCAGAGGUGCAGCGCCAGGCAGCUGGUGCCACAUGCCGUGGGGCUGGCCGCAACGCCGUGGGGCUCUGCACCGCCUGGCCUGAGAGGAGCAGGAUGGGGGCAGGCUGCUGCGGUGUGCGGCAGGGGAGUGGGCAGGGGGGGCAGGGACUGGCCCGGGGGUCUGGCAGCCGGAGCUGAGCCGGGUUGUGCCACUGCCCUGCGGGAGGGAGGUCUGGCUGAGGGGCAGCUGUCAGGUACCACGGAGCGGUUGAACUCAGGGUUAUUUAAACACUACCGGUGUGGAGGUGGCGUGGGGGCGUUCGGUGGCCCAGGUAGGGGCUGUCGUGGCUGGGCAACAGCCAGGGUCGUCGGAUGAGCCGGGAAGAGACUCAGAUAAAGGACUGGGCUGA